AUGGCACAAGUUAUUUGGAAUUCAGACAUUGAUGUUUACAAUAAAGAUGUUAUACCAAUCAAUAUAGCUAAAAAUAUUGCCAAAUAUUUACCGAUUCAAGAUUUAUUAUCAUUUUCACAAGUUUCUAAGAAUUGUCAUUUAGCAGUUACUGAUCCUAAAUUAUGGGUUUCAAUGUUGAAAGGAAUGGGGGUAUGGCAAGAAGCUAAACAAUUGACUAAACAAGAUAUAAAAUCUAAUCAAAAAAGUAAUACCCCUGGGGGCUAUCUAAACGAUCCAUUAACAUGUAUGGAUUAUAUUUAUCGAUCUAAUAAAAAUGCUAAAUAUCAAGUGAUUAAAAUUUAUAAAUGUUUACAUGAAUUUUAUAAUGAUUUGUUAAUUCAACAGAAUUAUAAUCGGUUAAAAAUUUUUAAACGGUUCCAAACACCUCAAGAUCAAGUUAAAAUAUUGAAAAAUUUACAGAAAUUUAACAAAAUUGAUUAUAUUGAAUCGUCAAGAAUUAUUGCUAAUGAAAAAAUCAUCCAAUUAUUUGAAUUAUUAGAAAAUGCUUUAUUACGUGAAUUAGAAAUUCAUUUUGAUAUUGAAGAUUAUGAAAAGACAAAACAAUUUGUGAAUAUUUUAAUUGAUUUAAAUAACAACAACAACAAUAAUCAACAAAUUUUAAUUGAUUUCUUCUUACAGAAAAGUAUUUUUGAUGAAAAUAUAGAAUUAUUUAAUUUAGAGAAUUAUGAUGAAACGAAAUAUUUCAUAACCAAAGAAGGCACAGAAUCGGAGGGCACAGAACCGGAGAAACUGAUCAAUAAUGAGAACACCGAUGAGUUGAUAAUUAAUAUUGCCAAAGUAUUUAAUCAACAAAGUCAUAUAAUUGAUUUGAUAUUCCCUCAAUCAAUACCAAUGAUGUAUAAAGUUAGUGAAGAAUUAAUUUCCAAUCAAUUAAGUGAACUAUUAAUGUUAUUAAUUGAAUCACUGAAAAAAUUUGGAUUGUACUCAGUUUUGGUACCCAUGAUUUACGAAAAAUUAGCCAUGAGUUUAUUUAUUGAUAAUUUAAACCCCUGUGAGAAUGUUGGUGAAAGUUUCCACCAAUUAAUAAUUGAAUUAAUCGAUAUGCUGUUUGAAUCAUUUGCCGCUGAAUAUAUGAGAGAAGAAGUUGGUUCAUUUAAAAGUAACACCAAAAGGAAAUUACUUGAUUGGGAACAAGUGAUAUCUAAAAGAGAACAAGAAACUUCACAAAAAAUUCUUGAUCGAGUUAAGAUUGAAACCAAAAAUGAUUUUUUAACUAGUUUCAAAAAUGUUUUCACAAUAAAUUCAUCGAAAAGUAAACACAACCAUGGUGGUACUAAUAAUUCACAAUCUCAAGACAAUGUACAAGAAGAGGUAGAAGUAGAAGCAUAUUCAGAAAUUCAAGCCAAGGCGAAAAUCUUGUCCGAAAAUAUUAAAUCAUUAGAUAAAAUAUUCAAUCCAGAAUUGACAGUUGAAAUUUUAAAUGAUUGUCGAAUAUCUAUUCAUCGGUUAUUGAAAUUUCAAAAUUUUUCAAUAGCAUCAGUAAGACAAGAUAUUUUCCAAUCGAUUCAACAUUGCUUUGUUGAAUUAAUUGAAUUGAUAAACCUGGAUCAUUUAUUGCCUGGGUUUGAUCGUGCUUUGACUUAUUUACAAACAUAUAACCCUAAAUCACCAACAUAUACCAAAUCACAUAAUGAAAGUUUCGAUCAACCAUUGAUUUUAUUUUUCAAUUUAAUUAAUAUGGCCGAUAUUAUUAUACAAAUGAUUGAUAUUUUUUAUAAACAAGAAAUUUUAAUUACUCAACAGAAUGAAAAUUCUAUUUUAAAUCCAAGUUUACAAAAUAAGAAGAAAUUAGAAGCAAUAGUUGAUAAAUAUGUUGCUGAUGGAUUAAAUAUAGGAAUUGAAAUUUUAGUAGAUCAAGUGGAAACAAUUUAUCAACAAAAUCUAUCCGAUAAAGAUUAUUACCCUGAUUUUAACAUUCAACAACAGAACUCACAACAACAACAACAACAACAACAACAAACAGAUUCACAAACGAUACCAAGUCCUGCAUUGUCACAAACUAGUGACUUAUCUAAUUUUGGACCUACAGAAGCAGCAAUUAAAGCAACGGAAGUAUUAGAACAAAAUAUGAAUUUAUUAGUUGAUAGUGCUGAUAAAUCAAUUGUUGAUGUAUUCCAACAAGAAAUUGCAGAAAGAUUUUUCCAAAUUAUUGUUAAAUCAUUAAAAUUGAAAACAAUUUCCGUUAUGGGGGCUACAAGAUUAAUUAGUGAUUUGAAUUUAUAUUUUAAAUUUAUUAAUAAUAAUGUCAAAUCCAAUAAACGAUUAGUGUUACCUUUAUAUCAAGCAUUAAUCAAGAUUGGUAAUAUCUAUUUAAUUAGUGGUGAUGAUUCCAAAUCAAUUGGGAAAUUAGUUAGUGAUUUAUCGAAAUUUAAUGGAAUUUUCAGUCAAGAAGAAAUUUAUGAAUUUGUUCAAAGAAGACAAGAUUGGCCAAUUAUUAAAAAACAUGUUGAAAAAGUUAUGUAUGGGUUUGGAUUUGGUGAUUGUACGAUCAUGUAA